UAUCUGUGAUGGCGAAGGGCUUCGUGCAAAGAAUGUACGUAAGUGCACCAUCACUUCACACUUAGAUCCGUGUGCAGAGCUCACGGUCUAGGGCUAGGCUAAGGCCGCGAACGAAGAUGCCUACGAAAUCUUAAUGAGAACUGGUAACCACCACCAGUCCCCUGGAACUAAAAGGUUUAAAUAGCAUGAGAUAGGUUGCCUCGCAGGUCACUUCAAAUCCGGGGAUAAUUGAGAAAGGAUAUAACCGUUGAAGAUAAAAGGACUAAGACUAUAUCUGUCCUGCACUUACGUUGAGCGAGCGAUACAGCGAAUACUUCACAGUAUAACGAUAGCUUGAAGAUGAAAAUGCCUGCGUGACAUAUAUAGCUUUCAAGAUUGACUACGAAGAAGGAAAACCUGGAAAAUAUUCGGCAUUCCAAGUGAACGCUAACUUACGGAACACCAUUAGACCUAGCGAACGCUAACACUUCGGAAAUAGUACCAUUAGACCGAGCGAACGCUAAAACUUGAAAAAGGAGUAACUCAAGAAAUCAUCCGUAGACAUGGAAGUUGAACAAGCUCAGUUUUUGGCCAUAGGCAUCAUCUUCACGAUCAACUCGAUGGUGGGCCUAGCGCCCGUCUUGUUGAAAGGAAACCUUCCCGACGUGAUUGUCCCUCAAACACAGACGAGAAACCGGCUGCUGUCGGCGGCAUCCUGCUUCGGCGCGGGCGUCUUCCUCUUCGUGUGCUUCAUGGGCCUCCUGCCGGAUGCUGAUCACAAAUUCCAUCAUUUUUUGGAGGAUAUAAAACGAUACGAUGAGGAAUGGACAACUUUCACAGAGUUCCCAUGGGCAUUCUUCGUAGUUACUGUUGGAUUUCUCAGCAUUUUCACUCUUGAUAAAAUGAUCCACGCAGUAGAGCACUCUCGUAAAGGCGGCCAAGAUGGACUGGCGCACUUCCGUAGACAACUGCCUCCUGUCGAAAGCUCCAAGAAAGACGGCGAUGCUGAAAAAUCACUGAUCGGCAAAGACUGCGUCCACCAUCACGAUGAUGAAGACGAAGGACACGGCGUCCCCUCCUCGGUCAUCUUCCUAGUGGCCCUGGGCAUCCACUCUGUCUUCGAGGGCAUGGCUGUUGGCCUUCAGACGCAGACUGAGAAAGUCAUGGAGUUGGGCGUUGCUGUCUUCGUUCACGAAGUGGUGAUGGCGUUCACGUUUGGCAUGGAGGUCAGCAGAAGUAAUACUCUGAGUAGGAUAUACAAGGUGGUCUACGUCGUCGUCUUCUCUGCUACGAUUCCUUUGGGCGUCGCCAUAGGAUUCGGCCUUCAGAACGCCCCUUCAGAUCACAGGGAUAUAAUUUCGGCAGUCUUCGAGGCUUUCGCCACUGGUAUCUUCGUGCAUGUGAUUUUCAUCGAGGUCCUUUCCCACGAAUUUUCUGGACACCAUCACCACGGAGGCCAUCAUGCGGGCGGGAAAGACAGCGAGGGGGAAAGAACCUCCCCCUCCGAGACUUACCUCAUUUUGGAAAAAGUCAGCUUCAUUUGCCUGGGUCUCCUGACCCUCAUUAUGUUGAGCAUAUUCCUGCAUCACCAUCAUCAUUAGGCGUGACAGUCGUUUAUACUUUUUAUAUCCGGUUUAUUAUCACCAUAUAAUCGAAGCAAUUGACACUUUUGCCUAAUGUUAUUGUCAGUGACGGUUGGUUAGGAAUAGGCCUAAUUUCAGGGAUCACUUCUUGAAGCUUCUGAAAAGUAGGAUUUACUUCAGAGAACAUUUCUUGAAGCUUCUAAUUAAGAAGCAGGCCUAACGCCAGAGAACACUAAUUGAAGCUUCUAGGAAGUAGGCCUAACUUCAGAGGACAUUCUUGGAGCUUCUAAGAAGUAGGCCUACAUUCAGAGAACAUUUCUUGAUGCUUCGAAUGAAGCCUUUGCCUUAAGUUUGAGUCCUCGUGCUGACUUCGGCGUUGCAGUACUUUAUUCAUACACCUAUACAUGAAGCAUGCGUAAACAUACGAAAGAUAAUGUAUAGGAGUAUUGAUCAUAUGUAUUUUGUAAGAUCAGCCCAAUUUAGGAUCACUGGGCUCGUUUGGUACAUAGGCUUUCCCACUACCAGCUAAUACCUGAAAGCAACCUGCAAUGUGCUUGGCCAAGGAAAGAGAGAGAGAGAGAGAAGUCAUACGGGUCAGCAGUCUGGCGUCACAACUAUAAUCAGAAUUUCAGAAACCAGAAUUUGAAUUGCGUGUUCAACAUCUACCGUCCACAGGUGUCAGCGAACUCGCUCCUAGAAAUCGUCUCUGUUGGGCAUUAUAUAGCUGUAUAUCAAAUAAUUUAAUCAGGAUUUUCGUACCAUUUUACAAAAUGUAUAUUUAGAAUUUAGAAAUAAACUAUUUAAUCGUCCCACUUAUUCUCUAAUCCAAGGGAUAAUCGCCGUAUUUAAGAUAUUGCAUUGCUUUGACUGUUUAUAUUCGUGUCUUUAUAUCUCUAAGUGUUAAGGUACUUGUAUACACUGUAGGCCUUUUAGCUAGAUUUCUUUAUAAGUAGAAUUUUUCUCAAAUGGUGUAAACAGAGACUAUGGCGCUCUAGCUAUAACUGCUCCAAGUUCCCGCUACGUCUUAGUCCAAUGGGGCUUCAGUACUUACCCCAGGCUAGGGUUAUUUAGUUAAAUGGACAUCUCGAGUCUAGCUACUGAAUGCUGCCGGCGAUAUGUCGUCCAGUAACAACUAUAUACAGUUCCCAAAAAAUGCUUCUAUCAUCAAUGCAAGAUGUUCCCCGAACUGUGGAAUGUCUCAUUCAAAUAAUAGAUCGCAAUAAGGAAAGGAAAGCAAUGCGAUUGAAAGAAAUAACAGAGAUAUUAGAGGUUCCUGAACUUGAAAUGACAAGAAAGUGGCACUUGUGUUGGUUGAUGAACAGUGAAGUGAGAAAAAUAAUUUUCAAAAAAAGUACUUGUGACUCUUGGCGAUCUUCACGUCAUGAUUGGAUGAACUUAACCACAAGAAACCGCUUGUCAA